GCUCGAUGGUCACUGCGCUCGAAAGGCAAAGGAAACAGCUAGCAAGCUAUUUCUCCAUUCCAAAAUCCACACUGGUACCUCGAAGGAUCCAGCUUUUUUCAUAGCUAGCCAACGAGCGAAUGCAAAUCGAACAUUUCUAUCAUUUUGCGCUCUUGGAUUACGUUUCAUAUAGCUUUUCAUCUUUUAAACGAAUUAUCUCCGUUUGUUAAAAUUCGAACGAAAAGAUUGAUUUGGCCUGAUUGAAAAAGCAAGUGCAAAGUUGUACGCUAGCUAAAUGUGAGCGGAUUUGCUAACUGGCUUCCGUUACUGUAAGUGAAACGUUGUUUUGGAGUAUCGUAGUCGUUCUUCCAUCCUUGCCAGCAGAUACUGUCGCUUGUUCAUCGAGUAGCUACAGACUAGCUCGCUAGUUAGCUAGCUAACGUUUACGUGCUCGCGCCGUUAGCCUGCUAGCUAAAUACCUUGCGUAUUCAGUUUGGAAGUCGAUUCAAGCGAGGCCUUGCCAUCAUUACUACUCCCUACCAACACCAACACCAGUUUUUGCAUUGCCGUGCAGCGAUAGUUGACAGCUAACUUGGUGACAAAGAGACUUCUCCCUGAGGAGCCAAGAAGUAGACGGCUCAUGACUUCUGACCAGGAUACAAAAGUUGUAGCUGAACCACAGGUGCAGCAAGUACAAGAAGCAAAAGAGAGCUCCUAUUUGGAAUCCAACAAGGUUUCUGACCUAAACCCCAAUGCGAAAGCAUGGGCCAGCCACAUGCUUAACCUGGACACCACUGGGCCUGCAGAUACAACCCCAUCUCUCCAGCCAUGGAAGGAAGGCUGCGAUGGCUCUGCUGACCCCGGCCCAGAAGGCUAUGAAGCGACUGAAGACAAGGUGUACGAGGAGCCACUACUAGCCCAGCCAGAUGAGCCUCCGCCAGUCCCAGUGAUGCUGGCUGAGCCUGCCCAGAUGGCAGCCGUCACGCUGGAGGGUUCUGACCCGGCGUACCCCGAGUACCCAGAGGCUGGACAAGACUCCACCCAUACAGUGGUGGAGCCCCAGCAGGAGAACCCCCAGGAGGACCUGAGGGAGCACCUGAAGAAGACUCUAGAAUUCUGUCUCUCCCGGGAGAAUCUGGCCAGCGACAUGUACCUCAUCUCUCAGAUGGACAGCGACCAGUACGUGCCAAUCAUGACGGUAGCCAACCUCGACCAUGUCAAGAAACUCAGCACGGACAUGGACCUCAUUGUUGACAUUUUGCGAUCGCUGCCCUUGGUCCAGGUGGAUGAGAAGGGGGAGAAAGUGCGGCCCAACCAGAACCGCUGCAUCGUCAUCCUCAGAGAGGUCUCAGAGAGCACCCCCAUCCAGGAGGUUGAAGCUCUUUUCAAAGGAGAUAACUUGCCUAAAUUUGUCAAUUGUGAAUUUGCUUACAACGACAACUGGUUCAUCACUUUCGAAUCGGAAGCAGAUGCACAGCAGGCAUAUCAGUAUCUUCGUGAAGAAGUGAAGACCUUCCAAGGGAAGCCUAUUAAGGCACGCAUAAAGGCAAAGGCAAUCGCCAUCAACACUUUCAUGCCAAAGAAUGGCUACCGACCGGUGGAGGUGAACCCAUACGCCCAGCAGCAGCAGCAGCAGCAACAGCAGCAGCAGCAGCAGCAGCAACGCUACACCUCCUACUACAUCCCACCGGUGUACAGUCCUCAGCAGCAGUUCCCCCUCUACAGCCUCAUCACCCCCCAGGCCUGGUCAGCCACACACAGCUUCAUCGACCCAGCACUGGUUACGCCAUUUCACAACACCCAAUUCAUCAACGGAUUUACAUCCCACGGUUUUAAACCAGCUACAUCUCCACUUACAGUUAGGCACUACUCUCCCAGGAACAGGAAUCACAGUAAACCUCACCUGAGGCCCCCCCUCCCCACGGCCGACCGCGGCACCGGGCUCCUGGACAGCCCCGCCAUCUUCAACUUCCCCAGCGACCGCAUCAUCAACGGGGUGCGCAGCCCCCAGACACGGCUGGCCCCGGGCCAGCCCCGGACCAGGUUACCCUCCACCGUGGCCUUCCCACGGAGGGACGUGGGCACGGGCCGCGUGGCCGAGCCCAUCACCACCGACUACUCCCUCAGCAUGGGGCGUGGAAGGAAAAAUAUUUCUGGUUAUAGGAAAAAGAGGGACGACAAGUUUACAAGAGUGGCCCCCCAGUCGCCUCCUCCUCCGAAGCCCCCGUCACCGAGCUUCGAGCUGGGGCUCUCCAGCUUCCCCCCGCUGCCUGGAGCGGCUGGACACCUCAAGACGGAUGACGCCUUUGACAACAGACUGGCCAGCAUGGUCGUAGGAACCACCAAGGAACGGAAUGUAAGCGUUGACGCCAGUGCUGCGAGUCCCCUCCCGUCUGGAGGUCCCAAGGAGGCCCUGCGGACGGUCACAUCACCCCUGCCCACCAGCUUCCAGCCUGCCCCGGCCCCUGCCUCGGUGGCCACCCCUCUCACUGGCCCUGCCUCUACACACCCGACAGAGGAGGUGAAGCUUCCGGAGGUGAAGCAGAAGGAGGUGCUGGUGUCUGUGGAGCGGGUCACAGCCACCUUGUCCACUGCUAGCAAAUCUGUUCAAGUCAACGGGGCUGCUACAGUGAGUCAAGCUUUACUAGCCAGCAAAGAACUCCGGAAGCCCUCCUACGCCGAGAUCUGCCAGAGGAUCAAAGACGGCCCCACACUACAGCCCCCGAAGGAGGCCAAGCCAGCCGGCGCUCCCCUCGCCAGCGAGGAGAGGAAGUGCCCUGAUGCCACCCCGGGAGACAGGGGGGAGCCCAAGGGCAGAGAGACAUACCCCUCCAAGGCCGCUGGCACUGCCACUCCUGGACGAGCCCCCCGGGAGGUCAGGAGACCGGCGGGCCGAUGGUCCUCGCCACCCCCCCAUGCAGGGAAGGCCCCCAGCAAAGAUCUCAACACCCCCCCAAAGUCCCCGCAGUAGGAGCCACUGCAUUGAAGUAUUUGAAAACCACAAAACCGUGAGGAGAAAAGAAGAAAAUGUCAGGGCUAUUCAGUACUUAUCCCAAAAUCACCCGUCACAGCGUAGAGGACGCCUCUCUGGUUCAGGGCUUGCAGACAAAA